AGAAAGUACAACUUUUUUGCAGCGCAGUGUUAAAAUUGACACUCACAACGCGACGCCUGCAGUAUUUUAGCCAUCUACUCAGAAGCGUUAUUCUUUUCUGGAAGGACCGUAGAAAAGAAAAAUGAGCGAGCUGUGCCGCACUUGUGGCCAGGAGGCGGAGCAUGCCAAGAUGCUAUUCCACAAGGAACGCAGCUACGUCCUGCAUAACAUACUGAAGCUGACUGGGAUUUGGUUAAGUGAGAAGCCCGGAGUGCCCUCAAGGAUUUGUUUGACCUGUCUGUUAGACCUUCACAAAGCCAUGGCCUUCCGGGAGCGCUGCAUUAAGGCAAACGAAUCCUGGUCCGAGCAGAAGGACCCACACGCGGAUUUAGACCCUCCAUUGAAGGACGACGUUGAUCAAGAAGGAAUUAGAGUGCAACUAGUGCCGUUAAAUUCCUUGCAUAAACCAAAAAUGGCUGUGCUCCGGAAGAUUUCACCUCAACGCAGCAGGAUACCGGAUGACACUCCGUGUGACCCCAUAGAAAGACCUCAAGAGCUCAGAAGAAUACUGGGUGAGACUUUGCCUAAGACCCAAGGCAAUCUUGUACAUUUUUUUUGCGACCCUGUAGUCCCUUCUGUUAAAGUCGUUGAGCCCCUAGGGCGCGAAGACAUUAUCCAGUUGACGAAAAAAAAAAUCAGUGUAAGGAAGAUUUCACCACAACGCACAAAGAGCAUAGGAAACAUUUCAAAUUUCUUUUCUGGGCCUGAAGUUCCUUCUAUGGAUAUUCUGGAUUCAGUCAGAAGCGAAGAUAUUAUCCAGGUGAAGAUCGAACCAUCCAGUACCUCACAAGAACAAAAAGAGAUUAUGUCAGCGAGGAUUCCACAACCAAGCAACAGAAAACUGUAUAGAACUCGGUUUAAGAUUAUAGACAACUGCAUUUAUCAUUUGGCUAGCCCUGAGUCCCCUUCUGUUGAACUGGAUCCUUUAAGAUGCGAAGACAACAUUCUGGUGAUGAACGAGCCCCUUCUUUCGGAUGAUGAGCCUGAGGAACCCGUAAACCAAGAAAUCAUGAAAGAGGAACCCGGAAUCCAACACGACGUAGAAGUGAAAUCCACAAACGAGCAAAUCAUAGAUGUACGACCAUCUUCCAAUAACAAAACCAAAAGAACAAUAAGAAAAAAGACCAAAGAAGAAAACUAUGCCGCACGAAAAAAGUGGGCGGCGGUGCAAAGAGCUCUUGCAAAGGAGCAGAGACCCUAUUUCUGCGAUCAAUGUGGGAAAACCUUCAGCGAACAAGGCAAUUUCAAUCUGCACCUCAAGCGGCACAAGGGCGUCAGGGAGUUCCAGUGCAAGGAGUGCGACCGCAAGUUUUUCAGCCAGCAUCUCCUCAGUCUGCAUGUGCGGAUCAAGCAUCGCGGUGAAAAGCCCUAUAAGUGCAAGUACUGUGGCCAGCGCUUCCACAACUGCCUCAGGCGGUUGGACCACGAGCGGAACCACAAGGAGAGCCCCGACCAUAGACCGUACGUGUGCCCCAUCUGCAACAAGGCAUUCAAGAAAAGCAGGAUGCUAAAGUUCCACGGCGUGGUGCACACUGGGGAACAGCCAUACCAGUGCGAGAUCUGCCAGACACACUUCAAUCGGAAGAGCAGCCUGAGAACCCACUUCAAGUCCAAUCAGCAUCGAUUGAGAGUCGAGAAGCAGGAGAAAGCGAAAACACUGGAUGAUGGAGAUGAAACUUUGCCAGAGGAUGAGUGAAGCAUUUGUUUUCAGUUCAAGAUUGUUAUAAAGUUCUAAUUGGCAUACAAACAUGUUUUUGUUUUCUUAGCUGGGUAAUCUUAAAUGAGUUCUACAUUUUAUAAAUUUUAUAUACAUAUACAUAAAUUAAAUAACUUUACUGCAAUUUUUUUCAAAAAGCUCAGGUAUUUCCUAAAUUUGAACUGAAAAACACACAUUUAUAAUUCGUAAGCUUAUUGAUAUAUUUUUCUUUACCAGUUAGCGAAGUGCGGCACCUGUUUUUGCUUAAUGUGCUUAAAAACAAACAAAGCCAAAUUGGAUAUUUGAAUAUUCGCGCCAUGUGAACAAACUGGUUCUUUCAGAACAACAGAGGGCGUAUCAAUCGAAAAAACUUAAUUUAAAUAAAAGCAUAUAUAUUUAAACUG